AUGAAUCUGAGGAUGCAGGGAGGACUUGGGUGCAGCAGCCAAUCUGGAGAGCGUCGAAAACCCUCUCAUUCGAAUAUGAUCCCUUGGCUGGCUCUGGCCCAGACUUCCACUGAUCCUGUUAUCAUCUCGCUGAAGACACAGAGGAGAACGAGCGGCAAAGACAGCCACAAACGCACCAUGUCAGCUCCUCAGUACAUUCCUCCAGAACCAUAA